AUGGGGAAACCGACAUGGCGACCGGCGUGGGAGACUGAGCGGCGCAGCCCGAGUUUCAUCACCUCCGAUGUCAAUACGGGCAGGUUAUCUGAUCAAGUUUCGUGCGGCGCAGCAAAGUACCUCUGGGGGAAUAUGCCUGCGCUGGAUCUGCUGAAUUUAAACCAAAACGAAGGGGUUGAUGACACGUCUCAGGAUUUCCAUUUGCUUUUCGCCGCGUCGGGAGACUUGCGGAACCUCAUGAAGACCGUCGCCGCUUUGCCUGAGAGUUAUACCGGGACAUUGAACGUUACGUUUAACGAUCUGGAUUUUGAUAUCGUGGCAAGAAAUGUAGUCUUUCUUCUGACGGCCCUGACGCUUCCAACCGAGAAAGCCACUCCUAUCAUUCUACACUUGUGGUAUUCUGCUUUGAUACCGGCCGAAAUUUUGACAAUCCUGGACAAGGAAGUGCUGCCACUUAUCGACGAUGUGUGCAAGAAGAUAAGCACAAAACCGGUUGAAAGCCUGCAAGCGAAAACAUGGAAAUGCGGUGAACGUUCGUUGCACCUUGUUCUGCAAAAACAUCGAUGGGUCGAAAUUCGGAACAGUUUCACGGUCCCCAAAGGCCUCUCACUCGACAAGGCCAGAAGUGUACGCAAAGCUAUCACGAUGGCACCGGCGAGGGUGGAUAAUCUCCAUCGUGGCUUGUUUUCCCAGCCGCCAUUUCGGCGUGUUUCCAAAAUCAAAUUUCGCGAAAAUGGCAUCCUCUUGCCGUUUGGGUCCUGCCGCGCCAGGUUUGAUACACCUAAUCCGACCCAUUACCACGGAGUUGAAUCUUGGCGUAUGCUGGACAGUGCUGAUCCCCUGGACGGCUGGAAGCUCGAGGAGAUCGUGGGGCUUGCUUCGCAGGCGAAAAACGAUAUCUACGGGGCGUUGUUUUUCCACGUAAAGGACCUGAUUCUCAAGUUCUGUCGUCGCAUUAUGAAUAUGAAGUUUCAUAUCGACCUUUAUCAGAUUUCCAACAUUUCGGACGGGGGGUAUUUGGGGCUCAAUUGCAGUCUAGCUACCUUUGGCCCAAUGCUCAAGAGGGCCUCUGAUAAUCCACGUGCAACGCUUUUGCUGCUUUUCAUGAAUGCGGUCGAGGAAAUGAGCACGCCCGGUGAUGUUCUAUCUUUAACAAACCCAGCUUUCUGUAAAGUUUUCGAGCAUUAUAUCCCAGAAUGUCGACAAGCAAUGCACUCUGGAAACCGCGAGCAAGAUGCAGCUUUGUUAAAGGGCUUUGAGGCCUUGACUUUAUUUCGCGAUUUUGACCAGGUUUUCGACCGCUACAUGCACUAUGUCGGCCCGAUACCGGAGGAAUACAAGAUGAAGAUCAAGGCGAAACAUACGAUUGUGCCGCGGUGGCCUCUGCGACUCCGCAAGAAUGCGACCAAGCAGGAGUUUGAUAUGGAGCAGGCGUCUGGACAGGUUAGUUCAAGUCGGUAUUUGGAGUGGGUUCGAGCAGAGUAG